UUUCCAUUGGCUACUAUAAAACGAUCUGCUAGGGCUUUUGUUUUCCGGCUCCGCUCUCCGUCGCUCGCUCAGAAAAGAUGGUGAAGGGUAGGCAAGGCGAGCGCGUCAGGCUGUACGUUCGCGGAACUAUUCUUGGAUAUAAGAGAUCGAAGUCGAACCAGUAUGAGAAUACGUCUCUGGUGCAGAUCGAGGGCGUGAACACGAAAGAGGAGGUUGGAUGGUAUGCUGGUAAGCGAAUGGCGUACAUCUACAAGGCGAAGACGAAAAAGAAUGGCACGCACUAUCGCUGCAUAUGGGGAAAAGUCACUCGACCCCACGGCAACAGUGGCGUCGUCAGGGCUAAGUUCAAAACCAAUUUGCCACCCCAAUCAAUGGGCCGCAAAGUCAGGGUUUUCAUGUAUCCGAGCAACAUAUGAGGUGUAAAAUCUCCAUGUGCUGUUG